AUGGCAUUUAAACUUAUUGCCAUGGAUUUGGAAAAUCAAGCGGAAAUAAAUUUUCGUGCUCAAGAAAGGCGAAUUCCGCGAAAUGUGGAUGACCCGUUUGAUUUAAUUGAUCAAGAAUUUAAAAAACUGUAUCGUUUAAGGAAGGAUACAAUUUAUGAUAUAAUAUGUGCUAUCGGGAGCAAUUUGGAAUCUUCCAGGAUAACGGGAAUAAAACCAGAAAAGAUGGUGCUUUCAUCAAUACGUUUUUUUGCUACUGGUAGUUUUCAAAGGUCAGUUGGCGAACAAUGGGGCAUUUCCCUGAGCCAACCAUCUGUCAGUCGUUGUUUACAUGGAGUUACCGAUAGUAUAAAUCAAGUUGUAUUACGGCAGUGGGUCAAAUUUCCCAAAACCACGUACGAACGAAACAUUAUGAAGGAAACAUUUCGUAGUUGUCUGUACCCUUUUGAAGGAUGUAUUGGAGCUAUUGAUUGCACUCAUGUUGCAAUAUUAGCUCCAGCUAGAAAUGUAGGAGCAUACGUGAAUCAUCACGGCUAUCACUCGUUAAAUGUUCAAACCUUUUGUGAUCCUAAUCUACGCAUAUUAAAUGUCAAUGCUCAAUAUGGGGGAUCAAGACACGACAGCUUCAUUUGGGGUUCUAGGCCUGCUAGAACAUUGCUGGAAAAUGCGUUUAAUCAUGGUGAAAGGAGAACUUUUUUAUUGUAUGAAUGAAUGCAACCAUGAGUACUUAAUAUGAAUAUGAUGAAGAAUAUUUUAGGCGACAUGGGUUAUCCGUUAGAGCCAUGGCUAAUGAACUCUUUACCCAAUGAGACGCCCGGCACUUCUAGGUUUGCAUAUAAUGAAGUUUUGUGCAAAACUAGAAACGGUAUUGAAAGGGCAUUCGGUGUUAUGAAAAAUACAUGGAGGUGCCUUUCUCGUCACAGGGUGUGUGCGUCUACAGUCUUACACAACAUGAAGUGCCAAUAUAGGGAGCCUGUUCAAGACAAUGUUUUUCAAUAUGAGCCUAUAAUAAAUGACGGGGAAUAUGAAACAGAGGGCCGGUUCCUAUUAUCGGUAGC